AGAUAUUCUGGAGCGCUGACGUCACUGCUCAGGCCGUGGUCGGCGCGGAUGCGUUUUUUUGUCCUUUCAGCUUCAAAAGUGUCAACAGAACCGCGUCCACGGCGUUUGAUGCUCCAAGCUGCGACCCCACGAUCCCGCCCGGCACCGCCCCUGAUGCGGGCGCGCGGCAGCAUCCUCUCCCGCACCCAGAAGUGAAUGAGGAGGUCCGGGGAGGUCCGGCAGACAGGGAGGGGUCCUUGUUUCAUUUCUGGGCUGCCUCCUCCCGGACGGAGCCCGGUUAUGCUCCAGCAGGGAUGGCAACGGGAGAUGCCUCGAAAAAAGCGUCACCAAGGAACGCGGCGGCGGAGAGAAAGAACCUCAUCACGGUCUGCAGGUUUUCUGUAAAGACGCUCUUAGAGAAAUACACAGCGGAGCCCAUUGACGAUUCCUCGGAGGAGUUCAUCAACUUUGCAGCGAUUCUUGAGCACAUCCUCAGUCACUGUUUCAAAGGCUCUGGUAGCUGGUUUGAUGGUCAGAGGAGUUACUGGGACUACAUCCGCCUAGCCUGUGCUAAAGUCCCCAACAGCUGCAUCGGUAGCAUUGAAAGCAUGGAAAACAUCAGCACCUCAAGAGCAAAGGGCCGAGCGUGGAUGAGGGUAGCCCUGAUGGAGAAGAGGCUGUCUGAGUACAUUGGCACAGCUCUGAGGGACAGCAGAACAACGAGGAGGUUUUACUCAGAGGGAGCCAUCAUGCUGAGGGAAGAGGCCACAGUGCUGACAGGGAUGCUCAUAGGUCUCGGAGCCAUAGAUUUUAGUUUUUGUCUGAAAGGGGAGGCUCUGGAUGGGAAAUCAGCUGCAGUAAUUGACUACACUCCAUACUUGAAGUUUACACAGAGCUAUGAUUACUUAAGCGAUGACGACGAGCGCAGCGUUGACAGCAGCACAAGCGACGACAGCGUCCCCGAACACCCGUACAUCCCGCUGGUCACCGACGAGGAGAGCUGGAGCACCAAGUGCCGCAAGAUGGAGCAGAGGUUCAAGAUCGUCAACGCUCAGAAGGGUUACUUAGAGGAGCUUGUGCGUCUGCGGGAAUCCCAGCUGAAGAACACAGAGAUAGAAAACAAGAAGCUGAAGACUCAGCUGGAGGAGCAACAGAGCCGGAACCAACUAGAAAAACGGGAGCUAGAAGGUGUCAUCCUCGAACUUCAGGAGCAACUGACAAGUUUGAUUCCAUGUGACCCCAAACACUUGUCCAAAAACCUCUCAAUUCCUCUGGUCAACCAGUGGACGACACUUGAGCCAUACAACAGCCAAGACGACAUAAAGCUGUUCCGCAGAAGGAGUUUCCCAAGUACAGAGCUGCUGCAUCUGGAGGUCACCCUGGAUUCUGACUCCCAACAGAUGGAGGGGAAGCAGAACGGUGGAGCCUGGAGCACAGAAAAGGACUAUACCCCCUCCAUGAUGGGCCUGUGCGGCUCCUUGGCUUCACUCCCGAGCUGCAAAUCUCUGAGCAGCCUGAAGUCCAGCGAGUGCCUGGUCCACAUCAGCACAGAGAACAGUCCUUCCCUGUCUCCCAGCUAGGGGGCGCCAAAGAAGCACUGCCAACAGACACUAAGACAAUUCAAACACCUAAUACGCCGCCGACACUUGCUCUCCUUUUUUUAACCCUUUUACCUUUAAGCUCCAAACCCGGCAAUGUCUCAACUUACACCUUUAAGCUAAAGUGUAGUAAAAGCUGCUGAACUGC